CUUCUUUGUUCUUCAGCAGAAUUGUGAAACGAGGAACACAGAAUGCGCUAUAGCGAGACGUUAGAUAAAUAGUGAAAUGAGCACCGUCGGUGUGCCGCUUCAGAUUAACGCACGCGAUCGUUCUCAUGAAUGAAAUACCUCGGAAAUUAGCAGCGGCAGAGGCAAAGUCAAACCUUCUGUAGAGAAACUAAAGCAGGAAACGAAAUCCCAUAAUCACAGAAACAGAUGUGUGCAAUGGCAAAACCUUUAAAAAAAAAAAAAAAACUUUCGCAAGACAAAAAUACACUAGAUGCAAACAUAGAUCCCAGUAUGGCAGCCAUGUUGCGUCACAUCCCUGAGGCUCUGAAAUAGAAGUCUGCCCGAUUGAUCGGUUUUUCCGAUAGCUCCAGCAAUCGAUUAUCGGCCAAAAUUCACAUCGAUGGUUUUUUUUCCCGGAUGCGUAUUUUGCGGGAGCGGCUCAGAAGGGUCCGCUGUCGUUAUGCCGUACGAGAGCGCCCUCUAGAGGCGGAAUAAAAACCAUCGCUGACGAAUCUUGUCGUGUUAUUCGAAGUGUUUUUUUGAUUCGUUUCGGACGUCUCGGUUUUUAUUUGUUAUUUUGAGCGUUCCCUUUCGGUUCUGUUUGGAUGUAGAGCUUUUAUUUACGUGGAUAUUUAUGAAUCGUUAAUAUAUAUUAACGACAUUUUUACAGGACGGUCAGUGCUGUUUAUUUGUUUAAUAAAGUUCAGCGAUUUUUUAUUUUUUUUUCCUUUGAGUGUUCGUUUACGUUUUCAUUCAGCAUCGAGUUUGAAAACUAUCGGUUGACUAAUCGGUUAUAGGCAGGUAGGUACCACCCGACUUACCUAUCGGUAUCUGUGAAAUCCACGUCCGGUCGACCUCUACCCUGUAAUGUAAUGUAUAAUUACGUUUCUCAUAAAUGAAUUCUAGAAUUAUGACUUGGCAAGGUUGUGUGUUGUAAUGAAUCGUUUCAGUGCUAAUAAUACUGCGCAUGAUGUGUGAUCUCUAUGAUCGUUUUGGAUUCAAAUUUCUCUUUAACAGAUUUUACUGGACACGUUGUAGAACAGCAGGUUGAAACUUUAAAUACUCUGAAGCAGAUGUGAUUCUACAGUGAUCAUCAAUAUUUUCUUUUAAAUUGGACGUAUUUGUGACGUCCAAUCAGGAAUCAGAGUUCUGUAGCCUGAGGUAUGAGGUUUGACUGAGCAGAAUGAGAGCUGUGUGCAGAUUAUUCUUUGACAGAUGGUGUGUGUGUGUGUGUGUGUGUGUGUGUGUGUGUGUGUGUAGGUACUAUAAUUCGAAUAUAAGGAAGAAAAUCUGUUGAGCUUCAUAGUUGCAGUGAAGAUGUACUGUGUGUGUGUGUGUGUGUAUUUAUAGUGGUCACUAAGAAGAUUCAUUAGAUUCAUUACAUAGAUAGAGUGUGGCAAUGAAAGUAGUUGAAGUAUGUUAAUAACGGGUAAAGACCUGUGUGCGAGAGUGUGUGUGUGUGUGUGUGUGUGUGUGUGUGUGUGUGUGUGUGUGUGUGUGUGUGUUCGUCCUCUGCAGUGAGCUGGCAUAAAGCCAUGCUCUGAGCUCUGAUGUCCUUUCCGCUUACACAAAUCCACACUCUCACACAUUUACACCACUGCAUUCUAGCUCUUUAUCACACACACACACACACACACACACACACAUAUACACAAUACACAUAUUUCUUGCACACUCAAACCUGUAUAGCACUGUACACACAGUGCCCACUUCUUUCAUUCGUGUGUGUGUGUGUGUGUGUGUGUGUGGAGUGGAUGAGUGGGACUAUUCUCUACCUCCAUCUCUCUCUCGCACACACACACACACACACUGCUACUGAAGUGCCAUCUAUCAUUUCCUCCCCCUCAUGCACACAUUCUUUAGUGUGCUAUUUUCAUGGACGCUACAACCCAAACCCAACAUUAAAGAAAUACUCCACCGCAUCUUGAAGGAGUGAUGAAAUCGUUUUUACGAAGAUACGAGUUUAUCGAUAAAUUUGUUUAUUGAUCAAAAGUUAACAUCUCCCCCUAGACUUCCAUUCCGAGUUGACUGAAACCGCUUCUACGAAAAAAAAAACCCGUCAACGUUCUUGUGAUUGCCAGCGACGCCGUAUGACGCUAACCUCCAUAACGACCCGGAAAUGUUGGGCUGUUUAUUUUAUUCUCCCGGAACGUCACCUAGCGUCUACCUAGCGAACAGCGGUGGAUCGCUUCAUAUAUCUCAGCUACUGUACACUUUACAUGGAUCAUUAAAUCCAGUAACGUGUGCGAAAUAAUAGGCAGACAUCAUCAAACAAAGAUAAUCCACGUUUCAAAACAUGAGAAAACUCCCGAGGGGCCAAAUACUAGACACGGGACUAUGGGACAAGGCUUAGAAAUGGACGAAUUUCAACACAAGGUGUAUAACGACAAAAUAAUCAAAGACUCGAGUCAACACAGAGCACCUGGACACAAUCAAGAAACAUACCAAUGGCAGGACUGAGGGUGAAUAAUAAAAGCGUAUGGCCAAACGGUUCCGUUUACAUGAUAAGACUAAUGCUAGCUCGCUAAAAAAAUGUUUUCUGUUCACUCUGAAUGUCUAGUUAAUGUGGUAGUCAAGCUAGAGGUGUAGUGGCAACAGGUAAGAAAGGGGUACAUCCUGUUGUGAAGCUGUCUGAAAGUGCGUAUUGGAGUAAAACGGCGUAUUUCCUGGGGUCGGCUCUAGACGUUAGAAUGCAGGCACUCGUGGAGCGGUGGAAGUCAUAACGAUGAAGUUUGCGUAUGACGUUGCAGUAGUGGGUUUUAUCAGCAACAGUGAUGAGUAAGCAUACAAGGAGAAGGCGGAGCAGCUCACAAUGGUGCGGAGACGGCAAGCUAUCGCUCGAUACUGAUGAAAUGAAGGACGAUUGUUGACUAGUGACACCAAUUAAUGUCACCGUUUCAAAGUGGGUCUGAGUGCAUGAGGAGAGCGGGUGCGGGUGCGGGUGCCUCUGACUGACUUUACGUCAGUGACUUAUGAUGGCGCCGAAACGAUCGCAUCCUUCGGGGGCUUCUGCGCGAAAGGCUAAACAGGCACGCGGAGAAAGAACGUGAGUUGCCGUCGUCUGUUUUGGAGCGAUUGUAGCGUAUUCUAAAAAUAGACCGGGCCUUGUUCUGUCGGUCAGCGUUUGCCGGUUUAUUCGGAGUUCAAAAGCGCGCGAGCGCCGUCGACGUGUCGAGACUGUCAGACGCUCCGAAUUCGCGCGCGCAGUGACAUUCGCGUCGGGAUCGAAAUACUGAAGGAAAAGUAAAGACGUUCGUAUUAAAAGACAACGAGCAAACACACUGGAGCAUUUUAAAAAAAAAAAGAGUACCUCGACUGUCUGUAUAUCUUCGAAAUCCUGCUGAUGCUUACAUUACCUCUUUAACGUAAUACGUCAUUUAGUUUUCACGUCACAAAUACUCGUUAUAUUUAUGGAAAAAUAAUCAUACGUUUUUAUGAAGAAAUGAACUAUUCUUUCUGCUUAGGAGUUCGUCUCUGACUCCCACUAGCAGUUGAUUUGUGUAUAUAGUGCGUAUUUAAGGGUGUGUUACUGUAAAAACUACAACUAAAAAUCCAGGCUGCCUUAAAAAAUUUUAGUGAGUGUGGCUUAAUAAUAAUAAACUGACUUACUAUAUAGAUAUAGAGUGGUGGCUUGGUGGUUAAGGCUCUGGGUUAUUGAUCAGAAGGUCGGGGGGGUGGGGGGGGUUCAAGCCCUAGCACUGCCAAGCUGCCACUGUUGGGCCCUUGAGCAAGGCCCUUAACCCUCUCUGCUCCAGGGGGCGCUGUAUCAUGUCUGACCCUGCGCUCUGACUCCAACUUCCUGACAUGCUGGGGUAUACGAAGAAAAGAAUUUCACUGUCCUGUAAUGUAUACGUGAUUCAUAAAGACUCAUUAUAUAUAUAAAAAAAAAAAGUUUAAUCAAGUUAACUUAACAUUUUAAAGUAAUGGGAAAAAACCUACUCUCAUAAGCGAGUUUGUCCAGGGCCUCCAGAUGUCUAGAACCGGCCCUGAUCUGGUUACUCAUCUUGAGCCGAAAGUCAGAGGCUGGUUAAUGAUGGGAAAAGUCACGGCCCAAUCGGACAUUUGUCUUAAAAGUGAUUAGUACAGAAUUCUGACCGGGGACCACGGUGAGGGUGGCGGUGGAUGUCAAUAUUGACUCCAGUUUGUCUUUAAAGUGUUCUCAGACAAUCCUAAAAUGGAUUCCACACAUUAUGGGAACAUUUUGUUCUUGCACAGAAACUUACCUGACCACGUGCCCCUCAUAUAGCCUACACUUCACUGAGGGGACUGUGGUCUCUCUCUCUCUCUCUCUCUCUCUCUCUCUCUCUGCAUAAAUCCUUAUGUAGAAACUAUUAAAUGUGCUCAGUGACUCAGUGCUUUAUUUUCUUUUGUCAUUUGCCGUCGCUACUUUGUGUUCAUUGCUUCCUUUUUUUUUUUUUUUCUUCCUUCAGUUAAAAAAAAAAUGGCGCUCGCUCGCGCCGGCCGGGACAUUGAACUGUGUAUCGAAGUGCGCGCGCGGCACUGCUGUGCACGCGGAAUCCCAUUCGUCCCGUUCCUGUCUUCUUUCACCGGACAAAACCCUCACUCACUCACUCUCUCUCUCACACACACACACACACCUCUGUGCGUGUGUUCGCAUCUCUCUCUCUCUCUCUCUCUCUCUCUCUCACACACACACACACACAAACACACACUGAGACGGGACAGAGAUGGACCAUGACAGCGACAGUGUGUUAUAACCGGACGCGCGCGCGUGCGUGUGUGUGUGAGUGUGAGUGAGUGAGCGAGGAUUUAUAUAUAUUUAUAUAUUUAUUUAUAUAUAUAUGUAUAUUCUUGUCCGGACUUCAUGAGGUGUUCAGUCAUGGAUCUGAGGUCGUUGUUCUUGCUGCUGUUGCUGGUUCCUUUUUUCGCUGAGGGCGCUUCAAAAGAUGGAGGCAAACCCAAGAAAGGCAAGAAAGGCAAAAAACCAGUCGUCUGUCCUUCUCAGUUGUCAGCCGAGGACCUCGAUCGAGUUCCUGCCAAUUCAACCAGUAACAUCCUCAACCGCCUGCUCGUGACUUAUGACUCCCGAAUCCGCCCCAACUUCAAAGGCAUUCCAGUGGAGGAUAAGGUGAACAUUUUCAUCAACAGCUUUGGCUCAAUUCAAGAGACCACAAUGGAUUACCGCCUGAACAUUUUCCUGCGGCAGCGCUGGAACGACCCGAGGUUGCGUUUGCCGACAGACUUCAAGUCAGACGCGCUGACGGUGGACCCCAAAAUGUUCCAGUGCCUGUGGAAGCCUGAUCUGUUCUUCGCCAACGAGAAGAACGCCAACUUCCACGACGUGACACAGGAGAACAUCCUGCUGUUCAUCUUCCGCAACGGGGACGUGCUCAUUAGCAUGAGGUUGUCAGUGACUCUAUCGUGUCCCCUGGAUCUCACCCUUUUCCCCAUGGACACACAACUUUGCAAGAUGCAGCUAGAGAGCUACGGCUACACCACGAAGGACCUGGUGUUCAUGUGGCAGUCUGGUGACCCAGUUCAGAUGGACGAGAUUGCUUUGCCGCAGUUUGAUGUCAAACAAGAGGACAUCGCUUACAGGAACUGCACCAAAUUCUACUCUGGAACAGGUUAUUACACGUGUGUGGAGGUGAUAUUCACUCUCAGGAGGCAGGUCGGCUUCUACCUGAUGGGCGUCUACGCUCCCACGCUCCUCAUCGUGGUCCUGUCAUGGCUGUCUUUCUGGAUUAACCCCGAUGCCAGCGCAGCCCGCGUUCCUUUAGGUAUUCUGUCUGUCCUGUCACUCACCAACGAAUGCACGUCUCUGGCGUCUGAACUGCCGAAAGUCUCCUACAUGAAGGCCAUCGAUAUCUGGAUGAUCGCCUGCCUGCUCUUCGGCUUCGCCUCUCUGGUGGAAUAUGCUGUGGUUCAGGUGAUGCUGAACAGCCCCAAGCAGAUAGAGGCGGAGAAGGUGAGGAUGGCGCAGAAGGAGAAGGAGAAAGAAAAAGAGGAGAAGGAGAAGGAAGCGAAGGCGACGUCCAAGGCCAACUCCAUCAACGGCACCGGAGGAACCCCGAUCCACGUUAACACGCUGCAGGUGGUUGAAACCCGCUGUAAGAAGGUGUGCACCUCCAAAUCGGACCUGCGCUCCAACGACUUCAGUAUCGUCGGUUCUCUGCCCCGCGACUUCGAGCUCUCCAACUUCGACUGCUACGGGAAGCCCAUCGAGUCCACGAACGCGCUGCUCAAAUCACAGAACAAGAACGCUAAGAAGCCGGCGCCGCCGAAACCCGUCAUUCCGUCCGCCGCCAAGCGCGUCGACCUGUACGCCCGUGCCCUCUUCCCGUUCUCCUUCCUCUUUUUCAACGUCAUCUACUGGUCCGUUUACCUGUGAGUGUGUGUGUGUGUGUGUGUGUGUGUGUGUGUGAUUUUGAGCAUGCAUGACUGCCAGGACAAGGUUUCCAGCAUGCACCAAGUAAUUGAGACUCCCAGUAUUUGCCAUUUCCACCUGAUACUGAAACUGAAGACUCAUACAUACAGGUAUGUAGGGAUUGUCGAUGUGGCAACAAUAUCUCAUCCAAAUUAGACUCGAGUCAUACUGAUUUUAUUAUUAUUUUUUGAUUAAGAAAAACACGAUAAACGAUUCAAAAUCCCCCCAAAAACAUAGAAAAAUCUGUCGAGUCGGGAGCUGCUUGUUGGCAGUGGCGAGUGCAAGAUCUCAGCUGGAUGGUGGAUUUUUAGGUGAUUCUACACUAAUGCGUAGUAAACAGCUAACAAUUUUUUUACCUUCACAUAACGAGAGGGCCCCCGGUCACGAGUGUAAGACGGAGGAAGGAGGCGGGGCUUCCGGUUCAUAUCCAAGAGUCCAAAACGCCUGCGUGAAUCGAUCCAGAUUCAUACGUCGUGUAGCUCAUCUCUCGUUUUUAUUGAGGGGAAGGAAAAUCCUCUUUUGGUGAAUGUUUGAGUGAGAACUUGCUCACGUACUCGCAUACUUGUUACUCGUUACAUUUUCAUCACUCCUAUUCUAAACUCGUAAAGGUCGGUGGUAAUAAAAUACGCAGUGUAAUUACGUAUAAAUUAUUAUACAUAUAUAUAUAUAUAUAUAAUCUUCAUACAUGCAGAUGUUUUUAUUUUAUUACAGAGCACUGUAUUGUGAUGUCCAAAAUUAUUGGCACCCUCAAUAAAUACCCCAAAAAAAGUGACCAAAAUGGAUAUUUAAGUGUCGCUGAGGAUUGCUAACUAAUCAGAAACCCUUAAAUGUUGUGAAAUAGUACAAAUCAUAAGUUAGUUUUAUUUAUUUAUUUUCUACAAAAAAAAAUUAUAAAACAGUACAGAAAAUGAUUUAUCAAUGUACAUGAUGAAAAAUGUCUUAACCCUUUACUGCGUGAUGUUGCCAUACGGCAACAAUUAACAACAAUCUUCAACUUUUUUCAUAGGCAAGAAUAUAAAACUUUUUUUUUUUGUUGUAGGGAGCUUAUAGUCUGGAAAAUGCAGUAAUUGGAAUUGUACUAGUUUCGACUAUACAGUAUGAUACUUUCCACCGUUGCACAUUGUUGCCGUACGGCAACAAUUUACCAGCUACGGUACAUUUUUUAAUAUACAUUUAUUACGUGAGCUAAUUCGAGUGAUAAAAGUCCAUAAAAUUUAAUUUUUUUUUCAAUGUAAAUGUGAUAAUUCGUGCAGUCGUGGGUUAAGAGAAUUUAACGUCCAGUCAGCUACAAAUGGUCGGUCGUACCAUGGUGAUAUAGAACCAAAAUACAUCCAGAAAAAUGUAUCAUGUUAUCAUAUCAGUCACUUCCAGGCGUCAAUGCUGGUCAUUUGUACCAUUAAGAAAAGAAAAAAUCCCCCAAAUGAUUUGUUUACAUAUUACAGCCUCUUUUUUGAGUGCAUGACUUUGCAAAGUUGAAUAUUCCGAGUGGAAAGCCCAGACUCGUUAACCAGCUUCUCUACAUCGAGACCAUUUUACAUCGGUGUGUGUGUGUGGGUGUGUGUGUGGACCCUUUUUCAGCACCUGUGUACUGACCCGAAUUUAUUCGAAACAAUGCUACCCCAUAUACUAAAAUGCAGACUGGGCAUUUCCGUGGCUUAUUAUUAACUCGAGGUUUUCUCUGCUCAGCUGGUUAUGUUCUGCAUGUUCCCAGAAGACCGCGUGUUUUGUACGAGUGUGUGUAAAAUGGGGACGCUGUUAUAAUAAAGAGCUUCGUUCAUCACC